AUGUCCUUCACGCUGCCCUCGCCCACCAUGCGGCCCCACAGGAUGAAGAAGGACGAGUCGUUCCUGGGCAAACUGGGCGGCACACUGGUGAGGAAGAAGAAGGCCAGGGAGGUGAGUGACCCACAGGAAGAAAGCAAAAAUGCCAUCAACUUGCCGAUGUCCCCCGCCUCAGUGGAUGUUCACUACGAGGACUCCCAGCUAGAAGAGAAUGAGAAGCACACGAUGAUCAACCCCACCUCCAAGGAUGACCCCAAGUUCAAGGAACUUGUCAAGGUUCUUCUCACCUGGAUCAAUGACGUGCUGGCAGAGGAGCGGAUAAUCGUAAAGCAGCUGGAGGAGGACCUGUACGAUGGCCAGGUGCUGCAGAAGCUCUUGGAAAAACUGGCAGACUGCAAGCUGAACGUGGCUGAGGUCACACAAUCUGAAAUAGGGCAGAAACAGAAGCUGCAGACAGUCCUGGAUGCGGUGCAUGACCUGCUGUGGCCCCACGGCUGGACACUCCAGUGGACCGUGGACUCGAUCCAUGGGAAGAACCUGGUGGCCAUCCUCCACCUGCUAGUCUCUCUGGCCAUGCACUUCCAGGCCCCAAUCUGCCUUCCCGAGCAUGUCUCCAUACAGGUGGUGGUCAUGAAGAAGCGGGAAGGCCUGCUGCAUUCCAGCCACAUCUCAGAGGAGCUGACCACAACGGAGAUGAUGAUAGGCCAGUUUGAGCGCGAUGACUUUGACAUGAUCUUCGACCACAACCCGGGUGAGCUCAGCAAGCUGAAGGAGUCUCUCAUCACCUUUGUGAACAAGCAUCUGAACAAGCUGAAUUUGGAGGUGACGGAACUGGAGACUCAGUUCGCAGAUGGCGUGUACCUGGUUCUGCUCAUGGGCCUUCUCGAAGACUACUUUGUACCUCUCCACAACUUCUACCUGACUCCAGACAGCAUCAGUCAGAAGGUCCACAAUGUGUCCUUUGCCUUUGAGCUGAUGCUGGACGGAGGCCUCAAGAAACCCAAGGCUCGCCCAGAAGAUGUGGUGAACCUGGAUCUCAGAUCCACCCUGAGGGUUCUUGACAACCUCUUUAACAAGUACAAUAAGUGACGGGGAGCAGCGGGUGGCGAUGGGGACAGAUUCCCGGCAAGGAAAGCUGCAUCUGUCUGUGCCCUAUGCCUUCCCAGGAAGAUGCCUUUAGAUUCCGGCCGAGGCUGUGUGACUGUCACCCCACCACUGCCUUUUUUUGGUUGCUCUUAACCUCCUUUCUAUGUAAUCCCACAGUGGGUGAGAGCCUUUGAAAAUGCAGGGUUCUAAACACCAAAAAUAAAAAUAAAAUAAAAAUCA